GUUGAGCGAUGCGUGUUAUGUGAGUUCUCUUUUACUUACUAAGCUUUUGUGGAUUCGAUUGGAUAAAAUCAUUUUUAUUUUAUUUGAAGUUUUACAAAAGUUUGAGAGGAGAUUCAGUAUACAGUGGCCGAUAAAUAUAGAAACAUGAAGCCACUGGUGGUGGUGGCGUUUGCGCUCAUAUUGAGCGUCGGCGCGCUCCCCGAAAACAUCGAGGACGUGAAGGAGUUGCCGCAAGCCAAAGACAUCGAAGUGGAGGCGGAGGAGUCCGCGCCGCAGACGCGCGCCGAGCGAUGCACGGACUGCACCAUCAACUACGACGCCAACGGUGAGCCUCUCGCGGCGUUCAAGGCUCUGCCCGGGGCCGUCGUCCACACGCAGGAGAUCGUCGAGGAGUGCACCCCCGCGAACGGAUGCGCCGGCGUCAAAAUCAAGGACGGUAGGAUCGUCCAACGAUUCGAAAACGUUAACGCUUUUAAUGCGGCCUCCGCCGCCGACCUCGCCAACGAGUUCCAGUUCCUCUCGGCCGAGCUGGCCGCGUCCGGUAACGUACCCUACUGGUGGAUGAACAAGGACUCGCCGUUCAAAGCUGGGGGUGGUGGUGGCUUCGAGAAGUUCACUAGCUCGAGCUUUACUAGUUCUAAUUUGGGAGGCGCAGGCUUAGCGGGCGCCGGACUGGGAGGUGCCGCUCUAGGAGGCGCCGGAAUAGGAAAUGGCGCACUAGGAGGCGCCGGACUAGGAAGUGGCGCACUAGGAGGCGCCGGACUAGGAAGUGGUGCCUUAGGAGGCGCAGGUCUAGGAAGUAGCGCACUAGGAGUCGCCGGACUAGGAAGUAGCGCACUAGGAGGCGCUGGACUAGGAAGUGGCGCAAUAGGAGGCGCCGGACUAGGAAAUGCAGCACUAGGAGGUGCCGCACUAGGAGGAUCCGGAUUAGGAGUUUCCGGACUAGGAAGUUCCGCCUACGGCGUGGGAUUAUCCAGCUCGAACCUAGGAGCUGCGAGUUUAGGAGGUGCUGGCAUAGGAAGCUCUGGAAUAGCCGGCGGAAUAGGAGGCACUAGACUAGGAGGCGCCGGAGUGGCGGGCGCCGGAUUAGGAAAUGCGGCGGUAGGAACGACUGCUUUGGGAGGCUCGAGACUAGGCGGCGCUAGCGUAGGAGGCGCCGGCUUAGGAGUGAACGCAGUGGGGCUCGGGUACGGCGCGAGCUCGGGGUACGCCGGGGCAGCUGGCUAUAACGGUGCCGGAUAUAGUGCUCAAUCUGCUGGGUCGUCGCUUAAUCUCGGGGGAAAUCCCUUCUUAAACGGCGGCGUGUCCAAGUUCGCCGGUGCUACUAACCUGGGUGUAGCCGCGACUAGACCGACAAGUUUCCAGUCGACUUACGAAGCCUCUAGAGUUAACCUCGCUAAAAAUCCGUUCCCCAGUGGUGCUAACAUUGGUCAAGCUCAAGGUGGUUAUAACGCUUACGGUACUAAUACCCAAAACUUUGCGAGUACAGCAGUGAGCAAAUUCUCUGGUUUAGCAGGCAGCGCGGCCACAGCGGGAUCCAACGUCAACUUGAUUCAGAAUCAGCAGAAGCUGAACGAGUUUGACUUCACGCAGCAACAGCAGCAGCAGAACAUCGGCGUCGGCCUCGGCCUCGGCAUCGGCGGGGGAGCAGUGGGCUCGGGAGACCUGCAGCAGACCUGCUCGGGCGACGGCUACGCCUGCGUCAUUAAGUCCCAGUGCAUCAACGGAGUCGUCAGCGGAGCCGGCCUCCUGCAAGCUAGCACUAAGAAGCAAUACUGUAACCUCCGCACUGAAGUCUGCUGCCGCAUCCAGGUCGCAGUGAACCCAGGAUACGGAGACACCUUCGGCGCCGGCAGCGACAUCAACGGCAUAUACAGGCCUAACCUGAAGCCUGGUCUACCCUACCUGCCCCCAGACAACACCAACAGCGGCUCCAACUUUGUAUCCUCCACCGUCGUCCCUCGUCCCAUCAUCUCCACUCCGAGACCAUUCACGACCGCCGGACCUACCUACCUGCCUCCCAUCUCCUCCACAUCUGCUCCCGGCUACCUCCCGCCCGUAGGAGAGCAGUCCAUCAACAGAGAAACCAUCGUUCCCAAGCCCAACUACAUCGACGGAUCCCUGAUCUUGGACGAGACGAGACCGCCCCGACCGAAGCCUACUAUCGGACCAGUUAUUUCUGAGAUCCCGGCCGGUUGCGCCGCGGCUUUGAAGUGCACCCCCAUCGAGUUCUGCACAGCUGACGGCGUCAUCUCCAACACCUCCGUCGUCCUCUCCCGGGAACAGAACGAAUACAGAGUACCACUUACUGACUGCAAGGACAUUGCGACAGGUCGCAUCGGCAAGUGCUGCCGCGACCCCUACUACACCGACCCCUGGCCAGUGAACCAGCUCGGCAAGUGGGUGCCCGGCGUAUUCGGUGGUAACGAUGGCAAGUACGUGCCGGACAACCGCGGCAGUGGCUCCGGAGUGCCGCCUGUCACCACACGACCCUUCGUCAGCGGAAGCACCAUCCUCAAUGAAUUCAUCAAGCCAACCACUCCCGUGUACCAGGGAUCUAAAGGCGGCAGGGGUCAAUACACUAAGGGAGGCAAAGGCCAAUACGGACAGAAUGGCCAAGGUUCAGUGUUGACUCCGGGUCCAUUCGUCAAGGGACCGGGAGCUGGCAUCAGGCCGGGUCAGGGCAUCGGCACCGGAGGACGGGGUCAAGUUGUAUCCCAAGGAGUUGGAACUGGAGUUUCUCAAGGUUUCGGACAAGGAGUAGUCAGUGGCGGUGGUUCCAUCUACAGACCAGGCCAGGGAGUCGCUCAAGGAUCUGGACAAGGCGUUAUUCAAGGAACCGGGUUAGGAAUUUCUCAGGGCUCCGGAUUAGGAGUUUCUCAGGGAUCUGGAAUUGUUCAAGGAUCUGGAUUAGGAGUAUCUCAAGGAUCCGGAUUAGGAAUUUCUCAAGGUACUGGAUUCGGAGUUUCCCAGGGAUCUGGAGUCGCUCAAGGAUCUGGACUCGGAGUUUCACAAGGCUCUGGUUUUGGUGUGUCUCAAGGAUUUGGGCAAGGAGCCAUUAACGGUGGAGGAAGCGUUAUUAGAGAAGGACAAGGAGUUAUUCUAGGAUCCGGAUUAGGAACUUCUCAAGGUACUGGAUUUGGAGUUUCCCAGGGAUCUGGAAUAGCUCAAGGAUCUGGACUCGGAGUUUCUCAAGGCUCUGGUUUGGGUGUGACUCAAGGAUUUGGGCAAGGAGUCAUUAACGGCGAAGGAAGCGUUAUUAGAGAAGGACAAGGAGUUAUUCAAGGAUCUGGAUUAGGAAUUUCUCAAGGUACUGGAUUCGGAGUUUCCCAGGGAUCUGGAAUCUCUCAAGGAUCUGGACUUGGUCUAUCUCAAGGAUCCGGUCUUGGUGUAUCUCAAGGAUCCGGUCUUGGCGUAUCUCAAGGAUCUGGACUUGGAAUUUCUCAAGGACUUGGAACCUCUCAAGGAUCUGGACUCGGAAUCUCUCAAGGAUCUGGACUCGGUAUCUCCCAAGGAUUCGGUCAAGGAAUCGGUGGUGAAGGACAAGGACUACUCCAGGGAACCGGAACAGGCGUCUCUCAAGGAUUUGGUCAAGGAGUCCUCACGGGAACCGGACAGGGAGUUAUACAAGGAGGAGGCUCCCUCAUAUCUCAGGGUGAAGGAGUAGGUGUCACGCAAGGCCUAGGUGUUCAAGGUCAAGGCUUCGGAGUAUCUCAAGGCUUUGGCCAGGGUGUGAGCCAAGGUGAAGGUUCGCUCAUAUCUCAAGGAGCGGGUAUCGGAAUCAUUCCCGGACAAGGUGAAGCCCUUGGUUUCGGACAGGGCGUUCUUCAAGGCCAAGGACAGGGCAUAUCUCAAGGUUUCGGCCAGGCCGUCAGCCAAGGUAAUGGCGCCUACCUCAGCGGAGGAAGUGGAAGCAUCAUCCGUCAAGGCCAAGGACAAGGUUUUAGCCAAGGAUUCGGAACGGGCAUCCGUCAGAGUCAAGGAUACACGCUCGGCGAAUCUGAAUCUAGAAUACACAGAGUCACUCUCAAGCCCUACUACGCCAGCCAGCAAUGUGGAUCAUUAAACGGCCAGAGACCGUUCGGUAACCAUAACGAUUUGGAAGUGGACUUCGCCGAGAUCCCAUGGCAAGCGAUGGUCCUCGAGAAGACCAACAAGAGUCUGCUCUGCGGUGGUGUCAUCACCAGGCCUGACGUCGUCAUUACUGCUGCCGCUUGCGUUGAUGGAUUAGACGCCCAAAACGUUCUAAUCAAGGGCGGAGAAUGGAAGCUGGGUGUCGACGAGGAACCCCUUCCGUUCCAGAUUGUCCAGGUCAAGAACAUUCUGGUCCAUCCGUUCUACAAGCGCGGCACCUACCACUUCGACGUCGCCAUCUUGGUUCUUAGCGAGAACCUGCGGUUCGCCAACAACAUCUACCCCAUCUGCCUGCCCAGCGCCCAGGACGACUUCGAGGCUCUCGAUUCAUUCCUCGGUUCGAGUAAUGGUGUCGGCGAGUGCAUCGUCACCGGAUGGGGCAAGGAAAUUCUGCAAGCCCACACGCUCGGCAGCAUCAUGCACAGCCUGAACGUGUCGCUGAUCGCGCCGACGGAGUGCCAGGCGAAGCUGUCUCAGGACUACCCCCACCUGCUGGAGUACUACGACCGCGAGUCCUGCGUUUGCGGACAACCCACCAACCCGCUUAACAACAUCUGCUCUGUUGACAUCGGCAGCGCACUCGCCUGCACGAACGGCAACGGCCACUACACGCUCAGAGGAAUCUACUCCUGGGAUUCCGGAUGCAGACAGAUCGGCAACCAGAUCGGCUCGUUCUACAAGUUCGACGUGGAGUGGUACGAGUGGGCCCUGGGGCUGAUAGAGAGCGUCCGCUUCACCCAGUACACCAGCGGGGCCGUCGUCACCGGCGGCCGGGGCCAGGUCAAGGUCAACGGCCAGGGUCUCGUCAAGCAGACCGGCGGUGGCCUCCUGCAGGGCACCGGCUUCGGCCCCAUCAACACCAUCACCUACUCCGAGAAGAUCACCAAGACCGAGCCCAAGGUGUACACGUACACGACGAAACCCGAGUACGUGACAUACACGACGAAACCCGAGUACGUUACGUAUACGACGAAACCCGAAAUCGUAACUUACACGACGAAGCCCGAGAUCGUCACUUUCACGACGAAGCCCGAGUACUUCACCUACACGACGAAGCCCAAAGUAUUCACUUACACGACGAAGCCCGAGGUGUUCACGUUCACGACGAAGCCGCAGCUGAUCAAGUACCAGUCGAAGCCCCAGUUCAUCGCGUACGAGACGUCGGGCUCCGGCACAGACCCGCAGUACGUGGCGCCGGGGCGGUCCUUCAAGCCCAACUUCUCCGACCUGAUUAAGCACACGCACUCCUCCACCUGCCAGUGCGAGGGCAAGUAGCUCACCGUGCCAUAGUCUUCAGUACGAAAUCAUUUCAUCGUCACCUUCCCGGUUAAGUUAAGUGUAAAUACAUAAGUUAUUCAUUCGUCCGUGGCCCGAAAACGACUGCCAAACGAGAUAUGUAUUCAUAUAUUUAUAAAUGUAUAUUACUCAUUAGACUUUUGGCCAUCUUGGGCGGAGAUCCAACGUGGCCGACUCUCUAAUAACCAUUGGUUAGUAUUAAAAUUAAGUCUGUUUUUAUAUACGCUAUGUGAACGAUUAGUCAAUAUUAUUAUGUAUUGAUAAAUCUAAUUGUAAAAUUAGAAAUAAAAUAAUACUUUUUA